GGGCGUUCGAAUAGAGUCGCCGAAAUCGCGGCAGAUGUCGAUUUCCGAGAGGCGUUUUUCGGUCUCAAUGUAAACUCGGUCGUUCUUCAUUCCACUUUUUUUUUUAUUCCCUUCUGGUUUGUGCUCCAUCAUUUAACGGCAAUUUAUUAACAAUGCGCCGCGGCUCAAUCCCAGCACGCGUCGCCGCCGUGCGUGCCAGCCCCAAGCUGACGAUGACAACGCCAACGAUGACAAAGAUGAUGAUGAUGCACAUGAUGAUGAUGAUGCUGGUGGCGGUGCUCGUGGUGCUCGCAGGCGUGGGCGGCCAACCCGCUCAUGCCAAGCGGAUUGCCGGCAGCCCGUACCCGAGCUCGCCGCUUCCCGCCGCGGUCGUCGUGACGAUUGACGACGCGUACCUGUCCGUCGCCCAGCGCGUGCUUGUCAACACGCUGCAGGGCCAGCUUGCACGCAACGGCCGACCUGCGCUCUACCGCUUCUCGUCGAACAGCACGCUCGCGGGGACCUCGCAGGACUUUGUGCUGUGGCUGGAGCAGGCCGCGCUCUCGUUCGGCGUUACGCCCGACCACUCGAUCGAGCGCAACCUCACCGCCGUGCUCACCCGCUUCCGCUCGUCCAUUGCCGGGUUUGUCCUGUACGAUGGCGCCAACCCGUCGUUCGGCGACUCGGUCAACGUCGCGCUGUCCGUGUGCGCCGCCGUGCCAGGCGCCAUUGCGACCGAUCCCACCAACGUGCCGCUCCUGCAAUCGCUCGGCCUUGUCCAGCUCUACGACGUCCGCGCUUCGACCGGUCGCAGCUUUGAUUGGGCCCUCGACACAUUCGGAUCCGCCUUCAGCAACACGACCAUUACCUUCCAGACCACCGCCAUGCCAGACCAGCUCAGCGAUUGGACUGUGUUUUCUCAGUCGUUCAGCUAUUUCAUUACGAGCGAUCUGAACGCGUCUGCCACCGCGAAACGCGCCUUCUCUCGGCUCGACCAGUCGCCGCUUGCCGCGCUGUUUGGCUGGGGUGUCAGCGAAAACGGAUUGGUCGGGUUUGCCUCGGAGCACCACGCCGUCGUGCAUGCUGCGGACUGGGCCAUCAACCUGUCCGUCCUGGCCAACCUGAAUGUGUCCAGCACGUUUGCGCUCACCCAAAAGACGCAUGCGAAUGACGUGCCGUCGCCGCCGCCGGCCGUCCACACUGUCUGCUUCUUGAUGACGGACGGCGACAACAUUCAGUGGCUGCUCACCAGCUUUAUGGCCUGGUACAAUACCACCGCCAAGGGCAAGACCAACCUUGGAUGGACGAUUUCUCCAGCGCUCUUCGAGCUCGCUCCUGCCGUCAUGCAGUACCUGUACGACACGGCCUCGAACGGCACCACGGCUGGCAUGCCCGGCCGCGACUUUUUCGUCGCCGCGCCCUCGGGCCUCGGCUAUGGCUAUCCCAACAGCCUGCCCAACAUGGCCGAGUUCUCGACGCUGACGUCCGACUUUAUGGCGGCGACCGAUCUGCGGAUUGUCAAUGUCAUCACCACCGACAACGACAACCCGACCAACAACCUCGACAGUCUGAUCGCCGAGCCCAACGUCGACGCGGUCUUCCUCUACCCUUACGACAACUAUGCCCUGCUCAACGGCUCACUGACCUGGAUGAACGGCAAGCCUGUGAUUGGCGGACGCUACAACCUGUGGAGCGGCACCUUUGAAACGCCGCAGACGCUCGCAGCCAAGAUCAACGCCUUGCCGCGCAACAUUCAGUCCGCCGACUCGUACACGCUCAUUCCAGUGCACGUCUGGACCAAUUCGGUGCAGGAUGUUGCCACGUGCGCUUCGUUGCUCCAGGCCGGCGUCGACGUUGUUACUCCCGACGUGUUUGUUCAACGUAUUUCCAAGCACGUUGCGCGCACUUGAAGCUGAGUGUGAGGUGUGAGCUGGGAUGGAAGCAAGGGAAAACAGCAUUCCUGGUUUCUCAUUGUGUUCGUUUUUGACUCGAUCAAUUCGCACGCACAGAACGUCUUGAAGAAAUACAAACAGAGAAAAACAAAACAAAAAAAAC